CUCAACGUUGGUGCGUUUUAUGAGGUGACGGGUGUUGGCCGUGUCGGGCGCAUUUUAAACGUGAAUAAGGAAUUUCGGUGAGAGGGUAGGCCAACCAAUGUGUUAAUACUGACGUCUUAUUCAAGACAGCUACCAGGCAUCCGACGCUUUUGCUGGGUCUGUGAUGUUCAAAGUGGGCAGUGCUGUCAGGUAAUCCGACCCAGCCAUGAACUCAAUCGCGCAGAAGAUUGAUUUUACUAUGCUGAGCGAUGAAGAGCCGGAGAAUGGCUGCGAGCUCUCCAUCAACAGCAUGUCGUCGGGCUGCGACACGGACGACUUCAAGCAGCUGUCGCCGGCGGCCGGCUCGCCGCGCCGCGGCGGCGACAGCCUGUUCCAGGCGCCGGCGAUGACGUCCAGUCCGCGGCGCCUCUCGCGCCCUCCUCCGGCCAGCGAGACACCGGCGCUGCCGAAACACGCCAGCCGACUGGUGCGCGACCGGCUCGGCUCCACGUCGCCCUCGCCGCCCUACAAGCGCAUCAAGGGUGAACUGCCGCCCUAUGAGCACAUGCAGGGUCUGCACCUGGGCGACGUGCCGACCACGCCGCGUACUAUCCUGGAGGACUGCAUGAUGCCGCCGCAGACGCCACGCGACGUCAACGCCAACAGUCUGCUGCGCUCGCGGCCCUACUGCCGCAAGGUGGCGGCACGCACGCGCGUCCUGGGCAGCGCCUCGGUCGAGAGGGAGGCCGCCAACAAGCCGGCAGCCAACAUCAACCCGUUCACGCCGCGUGGCCGCCAGAUCAACGAGCGCAAGCGGCUGCGGGACAGUAUCAGCGGCACUGACGGGUCACUGCUGUCCGUCUCCACGGACUGCUCCACGGACGGCGAGGCGGACGAGGCGCUUCCCACCAAGCGGCUGGCGCUCGCCGACGCCAAUGUCUCGCGGCUGGAGAAGGAGUUUAUCAUGCAGGGGGAGGUGGGCAGCGGGCAGUUCGGCCAGGUGUUCCGCUGCACCAACCGGCUGGACGGCUGCACAUACGCCAUCAAGCGCAGCCACAAGCCCGUAGCCGGCAGCUCGCACGAACGCAGCGCGCUCAACGAGGUUUACGCGCACGCGGUGCUGGGCAAGCACCAGUACAUCGUGCGCUACUACUCUGCCUGGGCCGAGAGGAACCACAUGCUGAUCCAGAACGAGUUCUGCACGCGCAGCAGCUUGGCCGCCCUACUGGAGCAGCACCGGGCGGCCGGCACGCUGCUCCCAGAGGCGGAGAUCAAGCGCAUGAUCACGCACGUGGCGCGCGGACUCAGGUACAUCCACUCGAUGCGCCUGUGCCACCUGGACCUGAAACCGGGCAACAUCUUCCUUACGGAUAACGAGCUGUUCUCCGGCGAGCGGCGCGCCGCCUCGCGCAUGGAGGACGACGCCAGUGUCGUGUCAUCCGACGACGGCUUCGACGAGGAUCUGGCCGAGGAGGACGACGAGGUCAUCUACAAGAUAGGUGACUUUGGCCACGUGACGGCGCUGGACGACAGCCAGGUGGAGGAGGGCGACUGUCGCUACAUGCCGCGGGAGAUCCUGCAGGAGGACUACAGCAGCCUGGCCAAGGCCGACAUGUUCGCGCUGGGCCUGACUGCGUACGAGUGCGCCAGCGGCCAGCCGCUGCCUAAGAACGGCAAGCUGUGGCAGCAGCUGCGCAACGGCGUCCUGCCGCCGCUGCCCGGCUUCUCUGACGAACUGUACCGGCUCAUCCGGCUGCUGAUCGAUCCGGACCCCGCGCGCCGGCCCAGCGCCGCCGAGCUGCUGGCGCACCCCUACCAGCUGCCGGCCAGCUGCCGCAGCCGCGCCCAGCUGCGCCGCCAGCUCAACGCCGAGCGGCUGCAGAACCAGCGGUUGCGUUCACAGCUGGCGGACCUGAGCGCACACGGCUCGCCGGAGCGGGGCGCCGCCGCCGCCGGCGGUGGUGAUGGUGGAGGCCGCCUGCUGGGCCGCGGCACGCCCCGCAGCCGCAGCAGCACCUUCUGAGAGGCGCCGUUUUACCGCUCGACGCGGCCGCGCCGGCCCCGCCGCCGGCCGGCAUGUCUUCCCGCGACCUGUGUCGGUCGUGACCGCUGUAUGUGUGAGUGUAUUUGCCGCAUGUCUGGGCGGGCCCUGCGCAGGCUCUUGGCCGCUCUUAAUGGUGGGCGUGUCGUCUCCGGCGCGAUUCGGCGGCUUUUAAUUGGAACUAAUCGGAACGGCGCAGGUCCGAGCCGCCACUUGUCGACACGCACUUCAUCAGGGUUUAGUCUUUCAGCAUGCCGUUUACGAGGAGUGGCGCGAGGUUGUGACAAGGAGCUUGAGUUUGUAGGCGGUGUCCCGUGUGUACAUAAUCAGUGUGUGGCUGCCGUAACUCUGGCGACCGGCGCGCCGCCGCGUCGCGGCAGUU